UGCCAGUGUCCGGCCAGCAGGGGCGCGACACCAACUGAAGUCUGAAGGAUCAACUGAACAGUUGCUAAACAGAGCGACUGUUAGUAGUUCAAAUGUCCGCUAAAGUGGCAAAGAAACGCUGUUGAAGGAUAUUAUUUAACCAAGAGUAACCGAAAAGGAUGGACUGCUGAUACUUGCUACACUUUUUAAAUACUGGAACCAUCAGCUUCACCAUGUCAGCUGACAGGGAGCUCCAUGCUGACGCCUCUGACGACAACAAGCUGGUCAGACCAAAGGUAGAGUUCCACACUUUACUGCAAGAUGCUGGAGCCACUAAAGAUGUUUUCACCAUGAAGGAGGUGAUGUUCUACCUGGGUCAGUACAUCAUCCAGAAGCAGCUGUACGACCAGAAGCAGCAGCACAUCGUCCACUGCUCCCAGGAUGCACUGGGGCGGGUGCUGGGAGUCGACAGCUUCUCCGUUAAAGAGCCACGAGUUCUGUUUGCUAUGAUCACCAAGAACCUGGUGGCUGUGAAGACUGAAGAGUCACCACCAAGUUCGAGUGAACCACACAGUAACAGUCAGACAGACAGAGGGACGGAGGAGGCAGAUUCAGAAAGUUGCUCUUCAUCACCGGAGAGGAGGGGCAGGCGACGAAGGAGGAGGAGGAGCUGCAGGAGCAGUGAGCCAGGCCCCUCCCACAGUGUGGAGAAUGAAGAAGAUGAGGAGGAGUCAGAGGAUGAAGAGGAAGGAGAAGGGAGGAAGAGGAGGAGGUCUGACAGCUACUCCCUGACUUUUGAUGACAGCCUGUCCUGGUGUGUUAUUGGUGGAUUGGGGAGUGGGCGGGACAGACACAGCAGCCAAUCGUCUGACUCACACAGCUCGUCUGGGAGGUCAGAGGUCACGGUUGCAGCCUCAGACUCCGACAGCGACAACUUCAGCGUUGAAUUUGAGGUCGAGUCCAUCGCCUCCGACGACUACAACGAAGACGACGCCUCUCUGUCUGCAGACGAUCAGGUGUAUGAGGUCACCAUCUUCGAGGCGGAGGAUGAAGACUCCUUUGAUGAAGACACAGAGAUCACUGAAGCCGACUACUGGCGGUGCGCCAAGUGUGACGAGUUGAAUCCUCCUCUUCCCAGAAACUGUCUCCGCUGCUGGACGCUGCGCCUUGAUUGGCUGCCGGAGGAUAUUACAAAACCCAACUCCUCCAGUCCCAAAGCCCUGCCCCCGAAGCCGACCGACCAAUCAGAAACCAAAGAAGCUCCAGGAUCUGAUGUUGAGGAGAACGAAGGAGUCGAUGUUCCGGAUGGGAAAAGAGCCAAAACUCCCAUCCUGUCACAAUGCCUGAGUGACUCCGCCCUCUCCGCUCCUGACUCCUCCUCCUCGGCUCCUUUCUCCCAGGAUCUCCUCACCUUCUCCCAGCCUUCCUCCUCCUCCUCCUCCUCCUCCUCUCAGCAGAAGCUCUGGACUGCUGACUCCCAGCCAUCUUCCUCCUACUCCUCCUCCAUCGACUCCCAGGAGCUUCUCCCGUCUUCCCCCACCGAUCCCCCUCCGAGUUUGCCACCACCAGCUCCACUUGUCCCCGAUCUGGAGCGCAGCGUGUCGGCUCCUCUUCCCAUCAUCCCCGAUCUGGAGCGCAGCGUGUCGGCGGAGUGGCGUCUGCCGGAGUCGUGCCUGGACCCGUGUCUCAUCUGUCAGUCCCGGCCGAAGAACGGCUGCAUCGUCCACGGACGGACCGGACACCUCAUAGCCUGCUACGUCUGCGCCAGGAAGCUGAAGAAGAGGAACAAGCUGUGUCCGGUGUGCAGGCUGCCGAUUCAGUCGGUCAUCCUCACCUACGUCAGCUGAGACGCACAGUCAGUCCUCAUACAGCAGAAACGUGUGACAGAUUAGUUGAUUCUCUUCGCGAUAACCAUAGAAUUUAAAAUAUAUAAAUCGCCAAAUAAACAUUUAGUUUCAUGUUUUAAUUUUAUCUACAUCCCCACAAGGCACAUGUCUGCACUUUCUGUCAGCAGGGGUCGCUCUUUAGGAAGCUGCCAUAACGCUUUAUUUUUCUUAUUAAUAAGACCAAAUCCAACAAUGUUUUAGUCGAUUUCUUAAAACUGUGUGACUUCACCAUCAGUUCCUACUGAAGGUCAGCGACUCACAGACCUACUUAAAACUCGAGUCCCCAGCUGUUUACUCGAGUUUUAAGUAGGUCUUCAAAUAACAAUUAUUUUCUUAUCUAAUUUUUUGUCGCUUAUUGUCAAAAAAUGCAGAAUGAAAUCACAAACUGACGUCUUAACACCAAUCUAAAAAGGUGAUCAGUGUUUUCAGUGGCAGAUUGAUAUGAACAUGUCACCAAGUUUGCGUCAAAAAUGGAGCGUGAUGGUGCAAAAUACUUGUUUGAACAUCAGUUCAUUGUUGGUUUUGGUCUUUAAAUGGGAUUUUCUUAUAGUAAGAAGAUAGAACAUCAUCAGACUUAUUCUUUAAAUGACACGUAAACCUCAAAAUCCUUUAGUUAUUUUCCAUUCCUUUACCUCAAAUUCAUCUGAUCUGAUCUGAACUUUUUUGAACAAAAAAAUGGGGGGAACUCCAAACCUUCCUGUUUUCCACCCGACACUCUAGAAACUGAUUGUACAUCAUCUUCUCAUGUAAAUGUGGGUAAAAAAAAAGUCAUAUCAGGACUUUUGGUCUUGCCCGCUCAUCGGUAACGCUGCUUUGUGGUGAUGUUUUAUUUUAUGGGUUUAUAAUUUAAAAGAUGUUUCCUGGAAAUAAUUCUGAGUUUGAUACUAAUUGUAUGAAAAAAAGUCUUAAAAUUUCGGAUUUUGGGGGCAGUUUUACUCCAGGAGUGAAAUUUGAAAUUAAAGCAAUAAUUUAGAUUUAUUUAUAAGAAUAUCAAGUUUACGCCGUGUUUUCUCUACAGUGAGUAACAAAUAACUUGGUUCUUUCCAGGAGACUUUUUGUAAAUUAUUAAGAAAUUAUAAUAAAAUUAUGGGCCCAUAAAAUAAAGCGUCACCCUUUAUUUUGUGUUUUCUACAGGUUGCAAUUUCUGAUUGAUUUCAUUAGAAAGUUUUGUGGAAAGAAAUAUGUCAUUUCAUCAUAAAAACACAUUUUUAUUUAUUGAAAAUUGUUUAUUUACACUCACUUGAUUUGUGUUCUUGUUCUGGUGAGCACUGACUGAAAGAAUCACCACUUUAAACUAUAAAUAAAUUAGACCAGUGUCAGUUUAACAUAAAACGAAUCCAAAUGACUUUUUUUUUCUUUCCAGGAAACUUCCAAGAAUAUUAUUUGGAAAUUCCAGAAGUGUUACCCAACAUCUUUAUUAUUUAUUGAAUGUUUAUUUAAGAUGCUCGAGUUUAUUUAAGCAGCCGAUUUUGUAUGAGCUCUUUAAAUAAUAAGAUGAAUAUAUGAGAUCUCUAAUUUCUGAUAUUUUCUGUUGAGACUUUUGUGUGAAACUGAAUAAAGUUUAACUUCUGUUAACAUCA